AUGGCAAGUUAUUCCAGAGGUUCUCCCAUCCGAAAUACAACAUGCUAUCAUGUCGGUAAGAAAUCGUACGGAAUAAGACCAGAACACCUGAAGAGCCUUUCGCCAGUACUCAUCAACACCCCGGCGAGGUUCUUUACACGUUAUCUGUCGGAAUGCAAGGUUCCUAAACAGUGGAAGACCAGCAAGACCGUGUUGUUGUAUAAAAAGGGAGAUCCACAUGACAUCGGCAACUAUCGUCCAAUCUGCCUACUGUCCGUCAUCUACAAGCUCUUUACAAGAGUGAUCCUUAAUAGGAUUGAAAAAGUCCUGGAUGAAGGACAGCCAUGCGAGCAAGCAGAGUGUCGAGAAGGAUUCAGCACGAUUGACCACAUUCACACUGUUUCGAAACUCAGCGAGGUAUCACGAGAAUACAAGAUGCCGCUCUGUCUCACCUUCAUCGACUUAAAGAAGGCCUUUGACUCAGUUGAGACGGAAGCGGUCGUGGAAGCCUUGGACAACCAAGGCGUCCCUACUCAGUACAUAAAGGUACUUCGAGAGUUGUACAGUAACUUCACGACCGGUAUUUCGCCAUUCUACAAGAACAUCAUCAUUGACGUGAAGAGGGGGGUCCGACAGGGUGAUACAAUUUUACCCAAAAUAUUCACAGCCACCCUCGAGAACGCAAUGCGAAAGUUGGAAUGGGACGACAUGGAAGUGAAGGUUGAUGGUCGGCAGCUACACCAUUUGCGCUUUGCUGAUGACAUCGUACUGAUAACACCUAGCAUCAGCCAAGCGGAACGAAUGCUGACCGAAUUCGACGAAACAUGGGGAUGCAUCGGUCUUCAGCUGAAUCUACAAAAGAGAUGUUCAUGCGGAACGGAUGGCUACGUUUAUCUGGGUCGGGAACUGAACAUGAUGAACGACCUGACCUCCGAGCUGGACAGGAGGAAAGGAGCGGCUUGGGGAGCCUACAAGAGCAUCGAGGAUGUAGUGAAGAAGGCCAGGAAUACCCGGCUCCGUGCUCACCUCUUCAACACCACCGUACUUCCUGCUUUGAUCUAUGCUUCGGAAACCUGGGCAUUUCGCAAGCAGGAAGAAAACGCGGUGAGCGUCAUUGAACGCGCAAUUGAGAGAGUGAUGCUAGGAGUAUCUUGUUUCACGCAAGUGAGGGACGGGAUUCGAAGUUCUCUCCUACGUCAGCGAUCGAAGAUUAGAGACGCCGCCGCAUUUGCCAAGGAAAGUAAAAUAAGGUGGGCCGGACACGUGAUGCGCUUUAAUGACAGCCGUUGGACCAGAGCCGUGAGCGACUGGGUUCCCCGCGAUAUUAAACGCACUACAGGAAGACUGUCGACCCGAUGGUCAGAUUUCUUCACGAAGUCCUUCAAAGAAAAAUAUGAUGCUCUUCGUGUCCCACGCGGAAGGAGGAACCACUGGGCUACUCUGGCACGCGAUCGGGACAAAUGGAAAAAUUACUGGCGCCCGACCAGUUCGAAGAUCAACGGGAGUCAAGGUAAUCAAGGUAAUCAAGUAAACAUAUUGCGAGACAUAUUAGAAAAAGCAGAGCUUCUUUCUUUUUUUCCAAAUGGUACCAACGUAGAAUGA